AUGGUGCUCCCGAAAUCGAAGAAUGCCGUCGGGCUAGGAAACAGUUUUAUGAACGACCGGUUUGGCAAGGGCAAAGCUUCCGAUCGGAAAAAAGUCUCUCACAACGCUGCUGCCAUUCGACGGACAGGCCCUGGAGGUGAAACAUAUAUCACAAAUCCAUCAGAAGAGGCAUCAUGGGUUAAGAUGCGAAGUAUCACGGAGCAGGCGGCGUUGGAAGAAUUUCUUAGCACAGCGGAGCUUGCGGGGACAGACUUCACCGCAGAGAAGUUGAACAACGUCAAGAUUAUACACUCCGACCAGAAGAAUCCUUACCUCCUUUCUGCUGCCGAUGAAAGGUCAGCUGUGAAUAAACACCAGAAAAACAAAAACCGAUUAACUGUGCCGCGACGGCCGAAAUGGAAUUCCAAAACUACCCGGCAGCAACUGGAUGUAAUGGAGAGGGAAAGCUUUCUUGAGUGGAGGAGAGGGCUUGCCGAAUUGCAGGAAAACCAAGAUCUUCUAAUGACGCCGUUUGAACGCAAUAUCGAAGUGUGGAGACAGUUAUGGAGGGUUAUCGAGCGGUCAGAUCUAGUCGUACAAAUCGUCGACGCACGCAACCCGCUCCUUUUCCGGUCUGAGGAUCUUGAGAAAUAUGUGAAGGAAGUGAACCCGAAUAAGAGAAAUUUAUUGUUGGUAAAUAAAGCAGAUAUGAUGACACCGCAUCAAAGAGAGCUGUGGGCAGACUAUUUCGAGUCGCAAGGAAUUAGCUACAAAUUCUUUUCGGCGGCACUCGCAAAAGAGCAAAAUGAAACAAAUAUGGAUGGAGAAACAGACGAUACGACUUCCGAAUCAGAAGACCCUAUUGACAGCCAGGAUAAGGCUGAUUCGGGCGUUUCUGAAGAGGAUUCGGAUGAUGGAGAUUCGGAAACUGAAGAAAGUGGUGGCGUACCGCUGCCCAUCGAUUCACGCGAAUCAAGGAUCCGGAUCCUCACCGUUGACGAAUUGGAGUCAUUGUUUCUGGAAGCGUCCCCUACCCCUACCUCUCAGGAUAACAAUUCCGAAGACUCACCCAAAAGAUUGACUACUAUUGGCCUUGUCGGAUAUCCCAAUGUUGGGAAAUCCAGCACGAUCAACUCUCUACUAGGCGCGAAAAAGGUCUCCGUGUCAGCCACUCCAGGAAAAACCAAGCAUUUCCAGACUUUACAUCUUUCUUCAUCUCUGGUCCUUUGCGAUUGCCCUGGUCUUGUAUUCCCUAACUUUGCCACCACUAAAGCAGAACUUGUUGUCAAUGGUGUUUUACCCAUUGAUCAGCUGAGGGAAUAUACUGGGCCAGCCGGCCUUGUUGCUCAUAGAAUUCCGAAGCAUUUUCUUGAAGCGAUAUACGGCAUGAAAAUUUAUACACGGCCGCUCGAAGAAGGGGGUACGGGUGUCCCGACAGCUUCCGAAGUCCUGCGAGGCUAUGCGCGCGCAAGAGGUUUUGCAACCACUGGACAGGGUCAACCUGAUGAGUCCCGCGCCGCAAGAUAUAUCCUCAAAGAUUAUGUAAACGGAAAGUUGCUAUAUUGCCAUCCACCCCCGCCAAUAGGGGACAAUGAUCCUAUAAACGCGAUAGAGUUUAACGAGGGCUUAUAUGACCUUGCCCGUCUUCCCCCCAGGAGACAAGCAGCAUUGCUUAACUUGUCCUCUAGCGCAUCUGUGUCGGGGUUCACGGAGAGCAAUGAUGCCGACACGAACUCUGAGAUUACGUCACUAUCUUCAUCCAAGUCGCCAUUCGAAGGUGUUCGAUCGCGAAAUCUUGAUGCUGGAUUCUUCACGGCUCGCGGUGAUGGAUCUGCUGGCCAUCUCAAGAUGCCUUUUAACCACGUAUACACCGAACAAGGGGCGCAACAGAGGAAGAAAGACCUGUCUGGACGGAAGGCCAAAGCGAUGAUAGCGCUCGAAAAUGGUAUCGAUGUUUCAGAAGUACGAUCUUCUGGCAAAAAGCAUUUCAAGGGCGGGAAAAAAAAGGCCAAGGUGAAGGUCAACACCAAGGAUGCGGAUGACUUUUGA